CAGUUCAGUCCCGCUGAGUCCUGCGGAGUCCCGCCUCUCUGUGUCACCAUCCAAUGAGCUGAGAGAAACUACUGUUUCUCUUCCUGCCCUCGAACACAUGUCUGCUAGCCGCUAGCUGAGUCAACAACGCGAAAAAGUGGCAAUAAAUGCCACUGAACAUGGUCCAGUCCAGUAGAAUCUGCUUCCGGAAGUUUGGAAACUUUGUGGACAACCUCCGUCUGUAUGUCCGUGGAGGUGGUGGCGGCAUGGGUUUACCCCGUCUUGGGGGACAGGGAGGGAGCGGAGGGGACGUAUGGGUGGUGGCGACAAAGAACAUGACCUUGAAGAGGAUCAAGGACAAAUACCCUCAGAAACGUUUUGUAGGUGGAGCAGGAGGCAACAGCAGUGUCCGAGCACUGAAAGGAGAGAGAGGGACGGACAAGGAGAUCUUUGCUCCUGUUGGUAUCACAGUCACCACUGAUGAUGGCAGAACACUUGGGGACCUGAAUGCUGAAGGUGAUCGUGUGAUGGUGGUGAAAGGAGGACGUGGAGGCGCCUUCUACUCUGCGUUUGAGCCCAGUAAAGGCCAGGCCAGACACAUCCGACUGGACCUCAAACUUAUCGCUGACCUGGGCCUUGUUGGGUUCCCAAAUGCAGGAAAGUCCUCUCUCCUGACAGCCAUGUCUAACGCCACACCUCAGAUCGCCAGCUACGCUUUCACAACUUUGAAGCCGGAGAUUGGCAAACUGAUGUAUAACGAUUACAAACAGAUCUCUGUCGCCGACCUCCCAGGCCUGAUUGAGGGAGCUCACGUAAACAAAGGCAUGGGCCACAAGUUCCUAAAACACGUGGAGAGGACCAAGCAGCUGCUGUUUGUGGUAGAUGUUUGCGGUUUCCAGCUGGCUAGUAAAACGCCAUUUAGGUCGGCCUUUGAGGCUGUGCAGCUUCUAACCAAGGAGCUGGAGUUGUACAAAGAGGAGCUUGUGUCGAAGCCUGCUCUGCUGGUGGUGAAUAAGAUGGACUUGCCUGACGCUGAGGACAAACUACAAGAGCUGAAAGAGCAUCUACAAAACCCAGAUGAGUUCUCCGAUCUGUUGCCUGACAACAUGAUACCGAAGAAGUACAUGACCUUCAGACACCUGGUUCCUGUCUCUGCCGCCACUGGGUUUGGUAUCGACCAUUUGAAAAGCUGCAUCCGAGAGUCGCUUGAUGAAGACGCAGCCAUGGCAACUAAAGCCGUCCAUCGAGAAAAACUGCAGGCGCUGAGGUACCCCUCACAUGAGCAUUUGUGCUAAACAUGGUCAACAUCUCACAGAUUUCAGUUGGACCUGCAGUGCACGAUGACAGAUGAGUGUUCUGUCUGCCAAAAACAAUUCACACUGGUGAACAUCAUCCACCUGUGACGACAGAAACCAUGCAGUUUCAGUGCACUCCCGGAUGAUUGACUUUCUUAUUGACCGCCAAAAUAUCAAGUGUUACAAGGCUGCACAGGUUGAGUUGCUCGUUUGGUCGCCGUUUGUUGUCAAAAUGUCAGUCACUUUUGACAAGGUCCUUCUUUAUUCAGAAAUAUUGUAAAAAGACUGAUGUAAACUAUUUGAACAAACAGAAUUGUAUGCCUGUUCAUAAAAGGAUGUUGGUCAAGCAAAUGUGAAUCCAGCAUCAGCUUUAGCGGCAGAUACAUUAAAUGAUACAAAAUGUAGCCAGCAAUCUUGAAAGAGAGGAGAGGUGCAUUUGAACCAACCACUUCUUUUCUGUUUAAUCUGAUUGCUAACAAAGAUUAAGAUAGUAUUUCUUUUUAUGGUGUGUGUUGUAGGAUGCACUGAUCCUACUUUUUCUCCGAUACAGAUUCUGAUACCUCAACGCAGGGAAUUCGAUCAAAUACCAGUGCUCCCUUUUUUUGCAAAUCUGUACAUCUGACUGUGUAGAACUCACUGAGAUAAUUUUUAUGCAAUGUCACAUGAGGCCAGUGAUGUGGCACUAAAAACAGAGUCUGCAGCCUCUCCGUGGCUGAAUGACUCAUGGCAGAAACACUGAAUUUUAUAAUGACGUGGACAAAGAAACUGUAUUUAAUGUGGAUCAGUCAUGUCUGGCUGAUUCUAGAUCCAAAUAAGUUUAGUACUGGAUCAGUGCAUCCUAGGAGUGUUGUAAUAUAUAACAAUUAAUAAAUGGAGUCCGUUUCCCAAGUC